CCUGCGGAAAGAGCCCGCCUCCCGACCCAUAAGGCCCUGGGCCGGAAGCUUCACUUUCUCUUCCUGUUCUCCACCAUGGCGCAGGAUCAAGGGGAGAAGGAGAACCCUAUGCGGGAACUUCGCAUCCGCAAGCUUUGCCUCAACAUCUGUGUGGGGGAGAGUGGAGACAGACUGACCCGGGCGGCCAAGGUGCUGGAGCAGCUCACAGGCCAGACGCCCGUGUUCUCCAAAGCUAGAUACACGGUUAGAUCCUUUGGCAUCAGGAGAAAUGAAAAGAUUGCUGUCCACUGCACAGUCCGUGGGGCCAAGGCAGAAGAAAUCCUGGAAAAAGGUCUAAAGGUGCGAGAGUAUGAGUUAAGAAAAAAUAACUUCUCUGAUACUGGAAACUUUGGCUUUGGGAUCCAGGAGCACAUUGAUCUGGGGAUCAAAUAUGACCCUAGCAUUGGUAUCUACGGCCUGGACUUCUAUGUGGUGCUGGGUAGGCCAGGUUUCAGCAUCGCAGACAAGAAACGCAGGACAGGCUGCAUUGGGGCCAAACACAGAAUCAGCAAAGAGGAGGCCAUGCGCUGGUUCCAGCAGAAGUAUGAUGGGAUCAUCCUUCCUGGCAAAUAAAUUCCCGUUUCUAUCCAAAAGGCCAAUAAAAACUUUUCAGUGAAAUGUA